AUGACCACCGCCAGCCCCUGCGGUGAGGUCCAAGACGUGAUCUUCUACACCUUCGACAACCCAUACACAGCCGGUCAAGUCGACUUCAAAAUCUGCGAGCGCUGCUACCUAGGCUACUGCGUGAGCGCCGGUCUCGAAAGCCGCUUCGCCAAGGUCUCAGUUCCAGGUGUCGCAAAAUGCGACUUCCACCCCACCGCACCACGAUUCGCAAGAUACAUAGGCAAGUACUGCGAGAUGGUACUAAUAAACAACCCCAACGUCUUCAUUGAAUACGCCUGCAAAAUGGAGCUCGCCCCACCCUGUCCAGGUUCAGAAACACUAGAGAUUCGUCAAUGGUGGGGCACAGACCAAUUCAACUUCUGCGCUGAAUGCUACGAAGACUUCGGCAAAGACACUGUCUUCGAACGAGGCUUCCGCUGGCGAGGGAACUUGAUCAAACACCAAAAAUGCGACAUGCACUCACAGAACAUGCGCAGACGGUACUGGGAAUCAUGUCAGAAGCAGGACUUGAUGGAAUUUAACGAAUACUGUAAAGCACGAGAGCAGAUCUACAGAGAACUUAUACAGACGCGCAUUAAUGCUCAGAUUCAGGCACCAGCACAACCGCAACAACCCUGCAACAUUACACAAUCACUAAGCGCCCGCCUCUCGCAACAACACUCCUUCCGCAUGAAUAUGAUGAACCUCGUCAACGCACAAAACGGACGCUCCAACGCAGCCAUGUCCGGGCUGAUGAGCCAGGGAAGUUCGUACAAUUCGUGGUAUGAUUCGAGGUAUCAGUCGUAUCAGAUCCAGUAUAAUGCGGCCCAGCAGGGAUUGGUUAUGAGUGCUGUGGGAGGAGCAGGAGGAGGCGGGAACGCACAGAAUAACGAGACAGCUGUUGUGCAAUCUGCUUUGGCGACGUUGGCUGCAUUAGAGGAGAGGUGGAAGGAGGUUGAAUAG